CACGACCUUAUUAUUGACGCUUAAACGUCAAUUUAUCAUUUUAAUCUAUUAUUACUAAAUCAAACAAUCCAAAUCAUCAAAAAUGUUUUAUUUACCUAAUCAAGUAAUUAAUGAAUGAAUUAUAAACUUUGGCGAUUAAUUGAUUUCAAUGCAAAAUUUAUGGUACAAAAUAAUUCAAGGACGUUUAUUGGAAAUAGGGUAAACAAUUCGAAGAAAAAUGCAAUCAACAAAACAUGGGGAGGUUCGUGAGAAAUUAGCAUCAAAAUUAUUGAAUUGUGUUAAACAGUGUCAAAUACGGUAUGGUGGUAAAACAGAAUUAGCAUCGGAAAAAGACAUCCAAGUUGCUGAACUAUGUUCAAGUUUGGAAGCUGUUCUGUCACACGGUUUAAGAUCGACACCGAUAACAACUCAAUUAACAACAUCAACAUUAAAACAAGUUUCAAAAUUAAUUGCUGGACGAUUACAUUUAACUGACGACACACCAGUAUUUUGGCAUUAUGUGUUAUUAUUUUUAACACCGCAUGAACGCGAACGAUAUGCAGUACUAAAGAACAUCAACACAGAUAUUGGACGCGGACGAGCAUGGAUACGUGGAUCAUUGAAUGAACGUACAUUGGAAAGAUAUUUUCAUUAUAUGCUUGAAAGUACGGAAUUAUUAUACGCUCACUAUGAAGACUGGGCAUUAAUGCGAGAUUCUGAACGAAGUUGUAUGUUUACGAAUAUGAUAGCAGGUUUAAACUCAAUAUUAUUCGCAAUAAACAUCAAUAAUAUGGAAUUAAAUUUAUCGGACGUUGAAAACAGUAAAACAUUCUUAAAAAAUAUGAAAAAUGAACCAAUAAUCGUAACACAAAUAAUCCCUAAUGAUAACAACAAUAAAAAGAAUGAUCGCAAACAAAAGAAUCGUAAAGUUGCUAAACAAAUAAUAACAUUUGAUGACGAUGAUAACCAAACAAAUCCAUUUUUAAUGAAUGACAACGAAACAGUUACAAAUUCCAGUGAUGAUAUUAAAUCAAUUAGUACAAAUAGUAGUAUAGAUAGUAGUUGUAGUCCACCGGGUAAUUCGUCAACACUAGGUAGUCAUAAUGGAGGACAAUCAUCUUCAGCGUCAUCUGCAGGCGGUAUCAAUGACGAUUCUAUUGAAGCUGUAGAAUUUGUUGAAAAAGAAGAAACACCAGCUCCAAUUAGUAUGGUAUUACCUACUAGUGAAUUUUGUGAUAUUAGUCAUGAAGAAUUAAUGACACCUAUGGAUUCGUCAGCACAUUUUGUUGAUGAGUUAGAAACCUCUUCUUCGGAUCGAUCAUCUGUUGAUAGUUUGACUCGAAAUUAUGAGUCUUUAAAAAAAGAAAAUGAAACGUUAAAAUCACAGUUAAAAAAAUAUAUUGGCGCUGUUCAAAUGUUACACAAGGAUCCUGAUGAAGCAAAUUUAACGUUAAUGUCAUCAACAACUAGUAUAGAUGAAAAUAAAAGUUCAAAAACAUCGAAAUUUGAUGAAGUUAAACAUUAUGAAGCGAAAUUAAUUCAGGUUGCUGAAAUGCAUGCUGAAUUAAUGGAAUUCAACGAAUAUUUACAACAACAAAUUAAUUUCAAAGAUGCCGUCAUACAACGAUUAAAAAAACAACUAAGUCAAAACAUAACAUCUUCAAUGGCUACUUCAUCAAGUAAUGAUUUUACUUACGAUAAUAAUACACAUUUACGUGGUGAAGUCUUUAUAUCAAUACCGUCAGCGUUUCUAUCCUCUGGUGGUACUUCAAUAUCAAGUGAAUCCAGAACGAAUAAUUCAUCGUCUGGUGCACAUCAUGUUUAUCAAAUACAUAUACGGGCUGGUAAUCAUGAAUGGAAUAUAUUUCGACGUUAUGCACAUUUUCAUGCAUUACAUUCUCAGCUUAAAAAAUUAGAUCCAACUGUUGCCAAAUUUAAAUUUCCACCAAAGAAAACUAUUGGAAAUAAGGACGCUGCUUUAGUAGAAAAACGUCGAAAAUUACUAGAACAAUACUUACGAAAAUUGUUUGAUCAUUGGCCAGAACUGGGUGCAUGUUCAAGUCGUGCUGCAUUAGAACAAUAUUUAGCCUUCUUUAGGGAGCCAGCAAAAUUUGAAGAAGAAACCAAAUGGAAUAAUACACUUCGCCAAACAUUAUUUCCUAGUUUUGGUACAAGUGACUCAUCAUCGAAUAGUGGCGUAACUAGUGAUAUACGUUAUAAUGGUUUAUAAUAGAAAAUGUAUUGUUAAAAUUUUUAUUAAAAU